GAGAAAGUCCAACUGUUAAUAAUUUUCUCGAUGGUGCGAAUCUUUUUCAGAAGAUUUUCCUUUCAUUCGUUUGUUUAAUUUUGAAGGUUAGGGUCAGUUUAUUACCGAAAUGACCUUAAACCAGUUUACCAACAAUUGUUCCUUUUUCACAACCAGUUCAUCUCUAAGAUGACCUUUGAACCACCGUUUUCUUUGUUUGAGGCCAAAUUUUGAACAAAGAACUGUGGUCAUUUUAGUUUCAGCUAGUCUUUAAGUCACUUUUCUCUUCCUCAAUUUUUCCUUGUGUUUUCUAGUGUUGACAAACGCGUUUCACUACAAUGGGUUUCCACUUUUAUCCGAAUGUAGUGAUAUUCGAAUUUGCUGUCACUAAUCUUCCCAAUUUUGAUCCGGAUUAUUUGGUGUCAAUAUUUAAUGCGAUGAAAUCCGAUCACUCUCGUCGUAAAGAAUGGAAUGACUCAAUGUACCUCAGUUCAAUAUCGAGUAAGUACUUUGGUGCCGUUAAUUCGUACGCAAAAGGCCUAAGACGCCGAAGACAUUCAAUUACAUCCCUCUCGAGGAAAACGAUGACGGGUACUUUGCUUAUUACCGUCGCCCUUAUUCAUCUUGCUUGUCUAAAAAUAUGAGCAGGAAAAUGGAAAAUAUUUUUCUCUAUUUUACUCAUAAAUAUUUUGGUGAUAAAAUCCAUUAUAAAACUUGUGCCAGGAUAUUGAGUCAAUUUCGCUAUGAUAGAUAUGGACUUGUAACCGAACAAGAGGCUGAAAAGAUUUUCUUUGAUUAUUUUCUUCGAGAAAGUCCAACUGUUAAUAAUUUUCUCGAUGGUGCGAAUCUUUUUCAGAAGAUUUUCCUUUCAUUUGCUGCUAACAGUUACGUGAACAAUAUGGAUUAUAUCUCGUCUACUUUCAACCGUCUUAAGACGGAUGAAGAACCAGAAUAUCCAUCGGAGUGGAUCAUUGAUGCUUAUCGAUCUUCACUGAAUAUUUUUAAGAUGGAAAAUCGUAAAAUUUCUUAUCGUGACCAGAAAGAGAUGAUUGAUACAAUGGAAAAAAAUUUUAUUCAGUCAACAGUUGAUAAUCUAUCAUUAGAAUAUGACUGGAAAAUUUGUUCGAAAGUAAUUUCUCGAUUUCGGGAUCGAAAGGACUCUGAUCUUCUAAGCGAAGAAGAAGUGGAAAAGUUAUGUUUCAAUGCUUUUCUUUGGAAUAGUCCAACAGUUCGUCAUUUUCUCGAAGAUGCCAAUGAUUUCCAACGAGGUUUCCUCUCAUGUGCUGCUAAAUUUUACGGAUCUGAUGCUGAUCUUAAAUAUAUUGUGUUAAUUUUCAAUGGAUUGAAAAUGAAUGAAAAUCAACAGUUUCCUGAUGAAUGGAUUAUCGAUACAUAUCAAUCGUCAUUAGAAACUCUUAAAAUUCAUAUCGAGAGAAUUGAAAAUUAUCCAGAUGCUGUUUCAAAUGAAUCAUUCUUAAAAUUUGUUAACUUGACUAUAGAUUAUUUCCUUCUUAACAUUGGUGCUGAAUUUGGCACUGAGCUGAUCAAUCUAUUUUAUGAUAAGCAUAAUUAUCAAAAGAAGUCGACUAAUGAUGUGUAUCGAAUAUUUCUCCGUGAAAAUGGCUACAAAAUUCCUGCGGCCUGGAAUUAGGAUGGCCUUGAGAUGAAACGCAAGCAAAUUAUUCAUAUUUGAAUAGAAUUUUUAUUUAAAUAAACAAUAAAAUUCAUUUUUUAUAUCAUAAUACUU